CAAAAUGUUACUUCCAUGAAAAGGAGGGGUUGUAUAAGAUAUUUCCUUCUCUGGGAUUCACCCUCUCCCCAAAACAAGAUAUCACCCUACCUGCUUCCUGUAUCUACUUUCUAUCUAAUUAAACCACCCUAUCCUUCUAUAAAUAUCCCAAACCCAAUGAAACACCACCACCACCACCAACCCUGCAUCGCCCAUGAUCGAACCAGUGCACAGAGCAAGGGAGCCAGAAACCCGACUCGGAGUAAAUCAUGAGGCUACACAGUUACUUACACACACACUUACUCCUGCCUCUGCCUCACACACAACAAACACCCCCCUACACCGCACAUCAACAUCCGAACCUAUCGUAACCACCCAACAUGCAAGACAGGUUUGAAAUAACCAUGGCAAUCGGGCAUAUUUUUCAUCCUGCAGUAAACAAACAUACAUACAUACAUACAUACAUGCAGCAACUACAGUAAAUACUACUAC